UUCAUCAAACUAAAAAUCAUUCUCAAAUAUCAUCCUCAGUUCAUUCUCGUAUUUUUUGUAAACUAUGUCCUAAAAAAAGUUACAAAAGCCAAGCAGGCUUAAGUCGUCAUGAAACAAUAGUUCAUUCACAUUAUAAUAUACCUCAAACUAGACUUAUACCUCAACUACCUGAAGCAAUUAUUGAAUUCAAAAACAUAUUAGUUCAUAUGAUACAAACUAAAUUAAAACCAGCACACAACAAUCGUGGCUGGUACCAAUGUAUCUUUACAGGAAUUGGAGCUUAUGAAUGUUUAGAACAAAUUCUUAAUGAUGAAAAGUGGGUUCGAGAAUAUGAAAACAAACAACAAAUAUGG